GUACAGAAUAAUAGAGCGCAGGCUAAAGUGCAGUUCGGCCCCAGCGAGUCUCUCAGCGCGGCGUGUCUCACAGCGCAGGGGGCAGCCGGAGCGCCGCAGACUCGGGCGGCUACAUGAGUAUAUUGGGAAUAAAAUACUCCUGCCAGCUGACGCUGGACCCCAACACUGCAAACAGAGAAGUAUCUCUGUCAGGGGGGGACAGGAAGGUGACAGGGGGGGCAGAGCAGCCAUAUCCUGAUCAUCCAGAGAGAUUUGACAGCUGGAGCCAAGUUCUGUGCAGAGAGAGUCUGACUGGUCGCUGUUACUGGGAGGCUGAGUGGAGUGGAGAUGGAGCCUGGAUAGGAGUGACUUAUAAAGGGAUCAGGAGGAAAGGAGGGAGUGACUGUCUGCUUGGAUACAAUGACAAGUCAUGGAUGCUGUGCUGCUCUCCUCACAGACACUCUGUCCGGCGCAAUAAUAAAGAGACUCUUAUACCCAUAGAGCCCUCAGGCUCCCACAGAGUAGGAGUGUAUCUGGACUGGGGGGCUGGUGCUCUGUCCUUCUACAGAGUCUCCUCUGAUGGACUGACCCCCCUGCACAGAUUCACCUCCUCAUUCACUGAGUCCCUCUAUCCAGGGUUUGGGGUUUAUCCAAACCCCCCCGUGUCGCUGUGCAUGCUGGGAUAGCUCACUGUGUGCUGGAGGAAUCAUUUUUACCGUAUCAGUCUCACAUGUCGCUGCUUCUCCACGGCAAAAAGGUAAAAUCUCUGCUUUAUAACCAGUAUAACCCUUUUUACUCUGUCUGAAGUGUGACGUAUGUUAAUAAUUGGGUUCUGUAAGCUGAACAAACAUGUAGAAUGACUGUUUUUCUCUGACUUAUGUU